AUUAUUAUUACCAUGAAAUUUACAGUGUUUUUUGUUUUGUUUUUAGUUGAAUUAAUAUUUAAAGUGUCUGCAACGAAUGUAGUAUGUUAUUAUAUGAGCACAAAUGGAUAUGGAUCAGUUUUGCCAGAGUCCAUUAAUCCAAAUCUUUGUACCCAUCUUAAUUACGCAUUUGUAGGUUUAAAUAAAAAUGGAAGUUUAUCAUAUUUGAAUCAAGAUUUAGAUGUAAAGAAAAAUUUAUUUAAACGAGUUUCUGCUUUGAAAUCUAUAAACCCAGACCUAAAAGUGCUGUUUAGCAUAGCAAGUCCAAUAUUUACCGAGGUGGCAUCAAAUGAAACCAAAAGAGAACUUCUGGCAAAUUCCGCAAAAGAAUUUUUAAAAACAUUUAAUUAUGAUGGAAUUGAUUUAGAUUGGGAAUUUCCAAAAUCGAAUCAAACGGCUGAUUACUUAAACCUUUUAUCUGAUAUAAGAAGUGUAUUAGGUAAUAAAUGGCUUCUAACAGCAGCUCUACCAUCAACUCCUACAGCUGCCUACAAUGCUACAGAUAUUUUUAAAAUUUUGGAUUUUGCCAACAUAAUGAGCUACGAUUAUUUUGGACCAUGGAGUUCGAGAACUGGUCAAAAUUCUGCCCUAUUUGAAUCAUCAAGAGAUAGCGGAUACGAAAAGAAAUAUUUAAAUGUCGCAAUAGCUGCAAAAAAUUGGAUCAAAGUUGGAGCAAAUCCGAGCAAAAUAAAUAUGGGUCUUCCCUUCUAUGGCAGGCAAUUUGAACUGAAAAAUUCGUCAAUUCAUGGACUUCAUGCUCCCAUUAAUGGAGGUGGUAAAAGAAAAGCUGCAUCAUUUACUAUUAUAUGCAGAGAUUAUGGAAAUUGGACAAAAGUAUGGGAUGAAGAACAAAAAAAUCCUUAUAAAUAUUUAGAAAAUCAAUGGAUUGGAUACGAUGACGAAGAAUCCAUUGCCUUGAAGACGCAGCAUAUUCUAUCAAACAAAUACGCAGGUGUAAUGGUUUGGCACAUAGGGUCUGACGAUGUGUAUGGAGUAUGUGGAGGAAAAAACCAAACCUUAUUAAAUGUAAUUAAUAAAGAGAUUAAAAAUUUUAAUUUGAAAGUAGAAAAAAUUUAAAAUAAAAUAAAAAUA